AUUAUUUCUGUCUCACGUCUGUGAUUCUGUGCUGUGAUUUCAGAAUUGUUGGAAAGAAUUGUUUUUAUUUCAUCCAUUGUUUAAAUAAAUCAAAAUGAGUGGGAAUCUCGUUAUUAAUUCAAUUUUUAGUGGAUUCCAAAAGAGCUUAGAGGAAGAACAAGAGGUUCGCGAAGUUAUCCGCAACAUUUGUAAAGAAGUGGAUCAAAUAUCUCGAGAAAUAACAACAGUUCUGCAAGUUAUUCACCAUAAUGAGGCCGGAAUAUCACCAGCGUGCUUGAAAGCUCGCCAGCUGUUUGAGAAGGCUAAUGAGGGAUAUGGUAAACUGAAGGAAGUUGUACCCCCCACGGAUUACUAUAAGUAUCAAGACCAUUGGCGAUACAUGACGCAAAGGUACUGCUUUCUCAUCUCUCUGACAAUAUGGUUGGAAAAAGGAAUCCUGGCCACGCAUGAUACAGUUGCAGCUGUUUUAGGCAUAAGUGCAGUGGAACAAAAGGCUGGUUUUCAUCUGGACAUUGAAGACUACUUGGUUGGUCUACUGAAUCUGUGUUCAGAAUUGGCACGUUUGGCAGUCAACUCAGUAACCCGCGGGGAUUACGAGAAACCUUUGCAGAUUUCCAAGUUCGUUAUGGAGCUAAAUGCCGGCUUUAGAUUAUUAAAUCUGAAGAACGAUCACUUGCGCAAGAGGUUCGAUGCGCUCAAAUACGACGUGAAAAAGAUAGAGGAGGUAGUCUACGAUCUUUCCAUCCGGGGACUGUUACCCAAACCGGAAGCACAGGAUGCACCGGAAACUUCAGAUGUAAAGACUGACUCAUAGUUAAAAUUUCAUUUCAUUAUUAAAUAAAACUAUAAACAAUAA